UCUCCUUCCUUAAAUAAUCAUUCAUGUAUUCCCACCCUACCUCAUUUCGCAACAUCUUAGGUUAGGCUCACAUAGUAGAAAUGCUUCGUAUCUUUUGUUAAUGGUGGGGUCGACCUCCCGCAGCUUUUGCAUCUAGAACUCGGAAGUCAUCGUGACAGGCCCUGCACAUCAGAUUUUACUUAGUUCUGUAUUUCGUGCUUGGAUAUCGAAGUGCGAAGGAGAUGAAAGAGGAGGUUGGGGCUGCAGAAAAGUUAGAUUCUGAGGAGGGAAAAGAUGUGGUGGUUCCUAACAAGAAAAAGCAGUUGGUGUCAAAAUCUGUAUCAGACCAGGUGAUGGAAGGAAUAGCUCCUGCAAAUUAUAAACCCUAUCCUAAGCCUCUGGCGAAGUAUGAAGAGGUCAUUGCCAAUCCAAAGUUGUUCCGGGAAACUCUUGAGAAGCUGCAUGCUACAUUAGGAACUAAAUUCAUGGUGCCAACCAUAGGAGCAAGGGAACUCGAUCUUCAUCAACUUUUUAUUGAGGUUACAUCACGAGGAGGUAUCGAAAAGGUGAUUGCAGAUAGGAGAUGGAAAGAAGUAACUGCUGCUUUUAGUUUCCCCUCUACAGCCACUAAUGCAUCUUUUGUACUGCGCAAAUAUUACAUGUCUUUAUUGCAUCACUAUGAGCAGAUUUAUUUCUUCGGAUCACAGGGAUGUAGUUGUCCUCCAACUGCUCCUUCACACACACCUGUAACAUCAGGUACAUCUGCAAGGUCAAUGGAACCCAUGAUGCCGUAUCCUGAAACUCAGGCAGUUGCUCAGAAGCGUAGGAGAAGAAAUGGUCUAUCCUCACCUACAAAUACUCAAGUGGUUGGAGUAAUUGAUGGCAAAUUUGAGGGUGGCUAUUUUGUCACUGUUACUGUUGGCUUAGCAAAGCUAAAAGGUGUGCUCUAUCACACUCCUGAACAGAUCAUUGCCCAAGUACCGCAAUAUUCUGGGGUUUCUUACAACAGCAAUGUGAGGGGCACUCGCUGUCGCCAACGUAGGAAGAAACUGAGUAAGAGAGACCCCGCACAUCCAAAGCCAAAUAGGAGUGGAUAUAAUUUCUUUUUCGCAGAGCAGCAUGCGAGGCUUAAGCCACUUCAUCCACAGAAGGACAGAGAAAUCAGUAAAAUGAUUGGAGAUCUAUGGAAUAAUUUAACUGAGUCUGAAAAAGCUGUAUAUCAGGAGAGAGGUCUGAAGGAUAAGGAGAGAUAUAGAAGUGAAAUGGCAGUAUACAAGGAAAGAUUGCAAACAGGCCAAAUUAUUAGUAAUGCAGUGCCUAUCCAACAGCGUCCUGCUGAGCCAGAGGGGGCAGCUGAAGAUGUACAUUUGAAAAUGGAGACAGAUGAAGGUGCUUUAACUCUAGCUAAUCAAAAUGAUAACAGUACCAAGGGUAGUGAUUCUGAGGAGAAAAAUUCAGAUGAGGAUUCAGAAAUGGAGACAUCACCUGAAGUAGGUGGAGUCACUAUCGAAUCUACUAGUUUGGCAGAUCCUUCAAAUGAGGGCGAUGGAUUCAAAUUACGGACGAGGGGUGAUGUAAAAUUGGAGAAUAAGCAUGACCUUCCAAGUUCCAUCAAGGAUGCAAAGUCUAAAAAGUUUAAGGAGUCAUCAACUGAUAAGCAGUGAUCAUAGGUGACACUGAACUUCCAAAGUCUGAUUUUCUAAUUGGCAUGUCGAAACUUUUUCUUUUCCCUCAUACAUGUAGUAGAACUUGUAGGUUCAAAAUUAUUCCUCUCUUUGUUAAUCUCUUUUGGCAACUUAGGGAUGGUAAACUCUUGAAGGUGCUUUGGAAAAGGUGGCGGAACCAUACCUAUUUUGAAGCAGUCAAAUAUCCAAUUUUCUUUUGAACAGCACUUGCCUGAGUCACUACACAGGAAAACCUGUAAACAGAGAAUGAAAAUGUUUAUCUCCUUUCAUGCUAGAGGCCCUGAGAAUCCUUAUGCUUGUUAAUGCAUGGGGCAGCCUGUUUUGUCUGGAA